AUGGCUUCCGAAGAACGGCUUGGGCCUCAAGGCGAUUUCAUUGAUCCGGAUACCUUUUCUGAUGCGGAUUCUACACUGUCUCAGAAUAUGCGUAUCCCAAUGAUCAAAGCGAGAAUGAGCCACAACGUUUGGCUUUUAACUCUCCGUGGAAGUCUGGCGCUGUGUCCCAAGGGCAACGAAGCUGCCAAGAGAGUCCUUGAUGUGGGCACGGGAACAGGAUGCUGGGCAAUCGAAUAUGCCGAUGCCUUUCCUCAGUCAGAAGUGAUUGGUGUUGAUCUGAGCCCAACUCAGCCUACCAUUCGCGUCAUGGCGGGUAGUUUCGAAGAUUAUGACUCCUUCAUCUCCAAAGCCUACAACGCCCUUGAGCCAGGUGGAUGGUUCGAAAUGCAAGACAUAGUCCUCCCCUACAAAUCUGACGACAGCACCCUCCAUCCAGAUCUCGAACUCGCCAAACUAGGCCACUACUUCUGUGAAGCCAGUGCAAUCCUCGGCCGCUCAGUCGAAGCGCCGCGUCACUACAAAACCAUGAUGCUAAAAGCCGGCUUCAUCAACAUUGUUGAGCAUCACUUUAAAUGGCCUCUUAAUGCGUGGGCCAAAGACCCUUACUACAAGGAGAUUGGCGCUUGGAGUUUUGCUAAUCUUGAUGGUGGGCUUGAAGGCUUGACUUUAGCGCUGUUUACGAGGGGAAUGAAGUGGACUAAGGAGGAGACUCUGGUUUUUUGUGCGGAGGUGCGGAAGCAGCUGAGGGAUCCUAAGAUUCAUGCUUAUCUUCCUGUUAUUGUUGUUUAUGGGCAGAAGGCAGAGUCAGCCUCCACUGGCGAAUAA